CGCAGGGGCCGGCACCAGGGGGUUAUCUAAGCGGCUGUCACGAUGCUGGGGUUCCUGGUGUUGAGGAGAACAGCGCUGGCGCCGCGGCUCCUCCUCCAGCAGCUUAGGUCCCCGUCGCUCCGGAGUCAUGGAAGUGCCUCCAGCCAGAGUGUGACCACCGCGGGCCGCGGGGAGCCGCAGUGGCUGAGGGCGGCCGUCGGGGGGCGCCCUGGAACAUCGUUGGCCUUCCUCCCCCGAGAAGGGGCAGCCACCUGGGGGCGCCAGGGAGGACGCACCGAGACUCAGUGCCUCGUAGCCGCAACAUGGGGACGCCUUCUUAGCCCAGAAGAAACACUCCCGGGACAGGACAGCUGGAACGGGGUCCCCAAGAGGGCCGGACUGAGCAUGUGGGCCCUGGCCACGGCGCUAGUGGUUCACUGUUACAGCAAGAGCCCGUCCAACAAGGAUGCAGCCCUGAUGGAAGCUGCUCGCACCAACAAUGUCCAAGAAGUCAGCAGGCUCUUGUCGGAAGGUGCAGAUGUUAAUGCAAGGCACAGACUUGGCUGGACAGCACUCAUGGUGGCAGCCAUCAGCCGAAAUGACAGUGUGGUGCAGAUCCUGCUUGCUGCUGGUGCUGACCCAAACCUUGGGGAUGAUUUCAGCAGUGUUUAUAAGACUGCCAAGGAGCAGGGAAUCCAUUCUUUGGAAGAUGGGGGACAGGACGGUGCAAGCUGGCGCAUCACAAACCAGUGGACAAGUGCCCUGGAGUUCAGGAGAUGGCUAGGAGUUCCCACUGGCGUCCUGGUCACCCGAGAGGAUGACUUCAACAACCGGCUGAACAACCGUGCCAGCUUCAAGGGCUGCACAGCCCUGCACUAUGCUGUCCUUGCUGAUGACUACCGCACUGUCAAGGAGCUGCUUGAUGGAGGAGCCAACCCCCUGCAGAGGAAUGAAAUGGGACACACACCCUUGGAUUAUGCCCGAGAAGGGGAGGUGAUGAAGCUUCUGAGGACUUCUGAGGCAAAGUACCAGGAGAAGCAACGGAAGCGUGAGGCUGAGGAGCGGCGCCGCUUUCCCCUGGAGCAGCGGCUGAAGGAGCACAUCAUUGGCCAGGAGAAUGCCAUCGCCACAGUGGGUGCUGCGAUCCGGAGGAAAGAGAAUGGCUGGUACGACGAAGAACACCCUCUGGUCUUCCUCUUUUUGGGAUCAUCUGGAAUAGGAAAGACAGAGCUGGCCAAGCAGACAGCCAAAUAUAUGCACAAAGAUGCCAAAAAGGGCUUCAUCAGGCUGGACAUGUCUGAGUUCCAAGAGCGGCAUGAGGUGGCCAAGUUUAUCGGGUCCCCACCAGGCUACAUUGGACAUGAGGAGGGUGGCCAGCUGACCAAGAAGCUGAAGCAGUGUCCCAAUGCUGUGGUGCUCUUCGACGAGGUGGACAAGGCCCAUCCAGAUGUGCUCACCAUCAUGCUGCAGCUGUUUGAUGAGGGCCGGCUGACAGAUGGAAAAGGGAAGACCAUCGACUGCAAGGAUGCCAUCUUCAUCAUGACCUCCAAUGUGGCCAGUGACGAGAUUGCACAGCACGCGCUGCAGCUCAGGCAAGAGGCUUUGGAGAUGAGCCGUACCCGUAUCGCCGAAAACCUUGGGGAUGUCCAGAUUAAUGACAAGAUAACCAUCUCAAAGAACUUCAAGGAGAAUGUGAUACGCCCCAUCCUGAAAGCUCACUUCCGGAGAGAUGAGUUUCUGGGAAGAAUCAACGAGAUUGUCUACUUCCUCCCCUUCUGCCACUCAGAGCUCAUCCAACUUGUCAACAAGGAACUGAACUUCUGGGCCAAGAGAGCCAAGCAAAGGCACAACAUCACACUGCUCUGGGACCGCGAGGUGGCAGACGUGUUGGUCGACGGUUACAAUGUGCACUAUGGCGCCCGCUCCAUCAAGCAUGAGGUCGAGCGCCGUGUUGUGAACCAGCUGGCAGCCGCCUAUGAACAAGACCUGCUGCCGGGGGGCUGUACUCUGCGCAUCACUGUGGAGGACUCAGACAAACAGCUGUUCAAGAGCCCCGAACUGCCCUCCCCCCAGGCUGAGAAACGUCCACCCAAGCUGCGGCUGGAGAUCAUCGACAAGGACAGCAAGACCCGCAAACUGGACAUCCGGGCCCCACUACACCCUGAGAAGGUGUGCCACAACCUCUAGCUUCUACCCACCUGCCUCUCCAUGCCCUCAACAUCUAAUAAAGGCCCCUCGGCUGUGGCAUGGCAA